UAUCUAACAAUAAGUCAAUAAAAAAUUUAUGUUUUAAAUUGCUGUUAAAUAUUUUUACAAUCCUUUAUCACUUAUCACCACUUAUUCUAGCUACAACUAAGAUUUAGAAAAUAAACUCAUAAUUAUUUUUUCUUAUUAAUCAUGAAGCUGCUAUUUUCUGCAAUUCUACUAUACAUCAUUAGUCCAACUAAAUCCAAAUGGUCCUUCCCAGAUGACUUCAAAUUCGGAGUUGCCACGGCGGCUUACCAAAUCGAAGGCGGCUGGAACGCUGAUGGUAAAGGAGUAAACGUAUGGGACCAUUUAACCCACACCAACCCAAAUUUUACCAUCGAUAACUCAAAUGGCGACAUUGCAUGUGAUUCUUAUCACAAAUGGCAAGAAGACGUCCAAAUGUUAAAAAACUUAGGAGUCGAUUUCUACCGAUUUUCGCUCUCCUGGACCCGAAUCUUGCCUCAAGGAUUCUCCUCUGAGAUAAACACCGCCGGUGUCCAAUAUUACAGCAACCUAAUUGAUGAAUUAAUAGCAAAUGGUAUCGAGCCAUGUGUUACCCUCUUUCAUUGGGACUCUCCUCAGAUGUUUAGUUCCUUUGGAGGUUAUUACAACCCGAUUUUCGUCGACUUGUUUGCGAAUUAUGCACGGAUUGCUUUUAAAUUAUUCGGAGACCGUGUCAAAACUUGGAUUACUUUCAACGAACCCAAAGUUGUGUGUCAGGAUUAUAAUGAGUUUGUAGGACUAAUAAAUGAGGUUUAUCCUAAUGGAGUUAUUGAAUAUUUAUGUACUCAUAAUCUUCUCAAAGCUCACGCUGAAGCUUAUCACAUUUACAAUAAUGAGUUUCGGGCAAAACAGAACGGAAAAAUUGGAAUAACUCUCAAUUUUGAAUGGUCAGAACCGGCGAGUACAAAGCCGGAAGAUCUCGAAGCAGCCGAACAAAGAAGACAAUUCGAAUUUGGAUUAUUUGCCAAUCCGGUAGUUUAUGGAAAUUAUCCCAAAAUAGUGAUCGAAAGAGUGGCUCACAAGAGCAAACAGGAAGGUUUCCCAGAUUCGCGUCUACCGAAAUUUACUCAAGCAGAACAGUUAAAAAUAAAAGGAACAUACGACUUUAUCGGUCUUAAUCAUUACAAUAGUUGGUUAGUUAAAGCCUCACCAGAGCAACCUAUCGGAGAACCAAGUUAUGUCAAAGAUGUGGGAACGGAACGAUUUGUUGAUCUAUCUUGGGAGGACACAGAAUGGAACGGAAAGAUUGCACCUUUUGGACUUCGAAAUAGUCUUCAAUGGAUUAAAACAAGGUACAAAAAUCCCUUAAUUUUGAUCACUGAAAACGGAUAUCCGGACAAAACCGGAACUUUGAAAGACGACAGAAGAAUUAGUUUUCUUCAAAAAUAUUUGAAUGCUACUUUACAAGCCAUACAUCAAGAUCAAGUAAAUGUAAAAGCUUACACUGUUUGGACUUUGAUGGAUAAUUUUGAAUGGGCACAAGGAUUUACAAUCAAGUUUGGUUUGUACCAUGUUGAUUUUACUAAUGAUGAAAGGACAAGAACUGCGAAAAAAUCGGUGGAAUAUUAUGGAAGUGUUAUAAAAGAUCGAGUUGUUUAAAAGAAUAUUUUAUUGUAAAAAUAGAUUCAAAUAAAUACAAAUUGUCUUACUUAUUAUUAUUAACAUGUUAAUAUGUAAAUGUU